AAAAAGGGACAACUUCUUUUUUUUUUAUUCUCCCUUCCUCCCACCCUCAGCCGAGGUCGUCUAGCUGGAAAAGAGCUGGAGACCCAUUCUCCUGCGUGGCACAAGUCUGCUGUUUUUCUUUCAGCUUCAAAUCCCGACUGAACGGCGGAGCUAAGUCCGAGCAAGAGGAGCUGGGAAACCGGUUUAAAAAAAAAACCCUACUUUGAUCGAGAAGCCUUUGCUGGCUUGAAUGGCAUAAGCGAAAAAGGAGGGUUUUUCAUUCAUUUUUCCAGCCUCCCAGCCACCACCCCUGUGGAUCUGGACGCGUUUUCAGAGCCUCUCCUCCCCUCGUACACAGGCAUUCAGGCGAGCGACACUGGCGAUUAUUUAUAAUGCUGGGAAAAGGCUGCUAACAAAACAAACAAUCUAAUCUUUAAAUUUCUUGUUGGACAAACACCGGGCCUGAUAGCACUGUGGGCGCACUGCUGUUUUCAAGAGAUGGAGACUGAAGAUGGGGAUUACCAUCAUUUAUCCGGAAAAAUCACUGGCUUGUGUGCCAUACCAACCGACAUCAAAGUAUCUUGUGAUUGGCAAAAAUAGCAGACUGUUUUAGCAUUUUUUGUUUUUGGAACUCUCUGUUCUUACGAUUUACAGCCUACACAGUUAGGCUUUAUUUUAUUUUUUUAUAGAGCCAAUCAUCCUACAAUCGGAAACAGCGCAUUUGUAGCGCAUUGUAGCUUUCUGGGCUACAUUUGUUUCCCCCUUUUUCUCCUUUUUUUUUUUUUUAAAGGUUUCUUUUUUAAAAAAAAGAAAAGAAAAAGGUGUGUAGGCUACUAGUCACUGCAUUUAGCCUAAAGUGUUUUGUUUUUUUUGGAAGACGAAUAAUGUUAAAGAACAUGAGAUCUGACACACCGACCUUGUUUUGGGGUCUGAUGCUGUCUGUCUCCACCAUCUGCAUCUGGUCCACACAUGGAGAGAUCUGUGGUCCGAGUAUCGACAUCCGAAAUGAGAUCAGCGAAUUCAAGCGGCUGGAGAACUGCACGGUGGUGGAGGGCUACCUGCAGAUCCUCCUCAUCAUCGAGAAAACCAACAACGUCCAACAGGAAGUCUUAAGCUCCCUCAGCUUCCCCAAGCUGACCGUCAUCACCGACUACCUGCUGCUGUUUCGCGUCACGGGCCUGGACAGCCUCAGCACGCUCUUCCCCAACCUGAGCGUCAUCCGCGGGCGAAACCUCUUCUACAACUACGCCCUGGUGAUCUACGAGAUGACGAGCCUAAAGGACAUAGGCCUGUACAACCUUAGGAACAUCACCCGGGGCGCCAUGCGGAUUGAGAAGAACCCUGAGCUCUGCUACCUGGACUCGGUGGACUGGUCUCUCAUUAUGGAUGCUGAGUUCAACAAUGUUAUCAAUGAGAAUAAGAAAUCAAAGGAGUGUGAUAAUGUCUGCCCGGGCAUCAUGGAGGAUAACCCUCUUUGUCAGAGGACGUUAAUCAAUGACAAGUACGACUACCGCUGCUGGACAUCCACCAAGUGCCAGAAAGGUAAUGUGAAGUUUUGGGCUUUGUUUCGUACUUAUGAAUGUCAGGGAUGCCUUUUAAAGGUCAUGUUUUCUUCAUCAGUUAAAUAG